UCUGCUAGGUGGGUUUUGGAGGCACAAAGGAAUACCGUGAGAAGGAGACGUCUGGCCCUUGGGGAAAGGACCAAUCUGGCCCCAGUCAUGAAGCCAGGGCCCCUUCUGGGCUCCAAGAUGUCCACCUGGAACUGGGAGCCAGUGGCUCUAGCAGCCCUCUUCUUUCUCCUCUCUGCAGUUCUAUGGAGUCUGCAAAACACUGACCAAAAGGCAGAAGAGCCGACUUGGUCCAUUGCAGGGCCUUCUGCUGUCUGUCCAUCCAAAGGCAUGGCCAGGAGGAGGCGCUACGCCAUCAACCCUCUGGGCUAUAAGUGGGACCAUGUGAACCUGACCUAUAAGAUUGUGCGUUUCCCCAGCACCCUCAACAAGGGAGACACAGAGCGUGCCAUCGCCAGCGCUUUCCGCAUGUGGAGCGACGUUUCGCCACUCAGCUUCCGGCGCUUGGCUCUCACGCAGCCGGCAGACAUCACCAUAGGUUUCUACACCUUCAACCACACCGACUGCUGGUUCUCCCCCUUGCAUCCUUGCUUUGAUGGGCUCAACGGAGAGCUGGCACAUGCCUUCCUCCCUCCCCGGGGCGAGAUCCACUUUGAUAACCAUGAAUUUUGGAUCCUGGGACGCUCCCGCUUCAGCUGGAAACAAGGCGUCUGGCUAAAUGACUUGGUCCAGGUAGCAGCUCAUGAGAUUGGCCAUGCCUUGGGCCUGUGGCACUCCAGGGAUGUCCGUGCCCUCAUGCACCCCAAUGCCACCUACAGCAGGACAUGGCAGAUUAGCCAGGAUGAUGUUUGGGCUAUCCAGCGUCUCUACGGCUGCGUGGAUGAGAAGAAACAAUGUCAGCCCUGGGCCCAGCAGGGUUUCUGCACACGUCGGCAGGCCUUCAUGAAGAAGCACUGCCCCAGGAUCUGCAAUGCCUGUUUUGAACGCCCUGCGACCGCCAGCUCCACCUUGUCUCCAUCAGCCUUGCCUUCUCUGGAUCACACCAGACACAUCUCCAAGGGCAGGGUCCUCUCCUUCCGUUGCGGGUUCAACUCUUCCAGACCACAUUUGAAAGUCAGCUGGUAUAAAGAUGGAGAGCCUCUCUCUCGCUCUGUUCCAGGAUUUGAGCUGCUUCCCAGCCAGGAUCUCCGCAUCGUUGCCACAGAGUUCAGCGAAGGGCGAUAUGCCUGCAUGGUGCGCCGGGGGAUCAGGACUCUCUGGGUUAAGUCCUGGCAGAUAAAGCUCAAGGACUGAAGUCGGUUUCCUUUUGCACUGGAAUCAUGAAAGGCAACUGUGAGAGACAACAAACUGAAGCUGGUUUGCAAGGGAAGGCAGGGCAGGAGGACCUGUUGCGUUGACUUGUAACGCAAGUCCAAAAGGUGCACACUCGGUUGUCUGACUAUGGCAGUGCAGUUGUCCCUCCACAUUUGCAGCUUUGACUAUUUGCGGUUUUGAUUUCUAUGUUCUCUCUAGGAAUCUCAAGGUGCUCCAGCGCAACUCUGCCAGA